AUGGCCCCAUUAAUGGCUUUUGGUGAGAACGUGCAAGGCAGGGAGGUGGCACGCGUGAAAACUUUUGGCCCCUUCGGAAGCGGCGACCAGGACAACCUGACCAUGUACAUGGAUUUAGUGGACGGAAUCUUUUUGAACCAAAUCAUGUUGCAAAUAGAUCCCAGGCCGACUAACCAGCGCAUCAACAAGCACGUCAACAACGACGUGAACCUCCGCAUUCAGAACCUGACCAUCCUGGUGAGGACCAUCAAGACCUACUACCAGGAAGUCCUCCAGCAGCUGAUCGUCAUGAAUCUACCCAAUGUCUUGAUGAUUGGCAAAGACCCGCUGUCUGGGAGAAGCGUGGAGGAGCUGAAGAAGGUGCUGCUCCUGGUGCUGGGCUGCGCCGUCCAGUGUGAGCGGAAAGAGGAGUUUAUUGAGCGGAUCAAGCAGCUGGACAUUGAGACCCAGGCUGGAAUCGUGGCCCACAUCCAGGAGGUGACCCACAACCAGGAGAAUGUGUUUGACCUGCAGUGGCUGGAGCUCCCAGACGUGGCCCCCGAGGAGCUGGAGGCCCUGUCCCGGAACAUGGUCCUCCACCUGCAGAGGCUCAUCGACGAGCGGGACGAGUGCUCCGAGCUGAUCGUGGACCUGACCCAGGAGCGAGACUACCUCCAGGCGCAGCACCCGCCCAGUCCCCUCCAGUCCUCCAGCGCCGACUCCACGCCCAGUCCCACCAGCAGCCUGUCCAGCGAGGACAAGCAGCACCUGGCGGUGGAACUGGCCGACACCAAGGCGCGGCUGCGGCGCGUUCGGCAGGAGCUGGAGGAGAAGACGGAGCAGCUUGUGGACACCAGACAUGAGGUGGACCAGUUGACGCUGGAUCUGCAGAAGGUCAAGCAGGAGAAUGUCCAGCUGGCAGCUGACGCCCGGUCUGUGCGCGCCUACCGGGAUGAGCUGGACGCGUUGCGGGAGAAGGCCACCCGCGUGGAGCGGCUGGAGAUGGAGCUGGUGCGCUGCCGGGAGAAGCUGCACGACGUGGACUUCUACAAGGCGCGCAUGGAGGACAGGGACACGGACAAGAAGCGGAUCGAGGAGCUGCUGGAGGAGAACAUGGUCCUGGAGAUGGCCCAGAAGCAGAGCAUGAACGAGUCUGCGCACCUCGGCUGGGAGCUGGAGCAGCUCUCCAAGCACGCGGACCUGUCUGACGCCUCCAGGAAGUCGUUUGUAUUUGAGCUGAACGAGUGUGCGUCCAGCCGCAUCCUGAAGCUGGAGAAGGAGAACAAGGGCCUGCAGAGCGCUGUGCAGGGGCUGCGAGAGGCCACCCUGGCGCUGGACGAGAGCAGCCUGAAGUGCACUGAGCUGGAGAAGGAGACCCGGCAGCUGGAAAAGAAGAUCGAGAAGUUACAGGCGCAGCUGGAGCGCGAGAAGCAGAGCAACCAGGACCUGGAGACGCUGAGCGAGGAGCUGAUCAAGGAGAAGGAGCAGCUGCAGUCCGACAUGGACAUGCUGAAGGCGGACAGAGCCAGGCAGAUCAAGGACCUGGAGCAGGAGAGGGACCACCUCAACCAGGUGGUGUGGUCGCUGCGGGAGCGGGCCCAGGUCAGCAGCGAGGCCCGCGUGAGGGACGUGGAGAAGGAGAACAAGGCCCUGCACCAGGCGGUGGCGGAGACCAGUGGCCGGCUGAGCCGGCUGGAGUUUGAGAAGCAGCAGCUGCACAGCGACCUGCAGCAGGCCAAGGAGAAGGCCGCGCGGGCCGGGGAGCUGGAGAAGGAGAAGGAGCAGCUGGCCCAGAAGGCGGCCUCCCUGGCGGCGGCGUCCGAGCAGGCCGAGGCGUUGGAGCGCGAGAGCCGGGGCCUGCAGCUGGAGAACCGCGCGCUGAAGAAGUCCCUGGACACCCUGCAGAACGUGGCGGUGCAGCUCGAGGGGCUGGCACGCGACAACAAGCAGCUGGGCGAGGAGAACCUGGAGCUGCGCAGGCUGGUGGAGAGCCUGCGCGUCAGUGGAGCCAAGAUGGCGCAGCUGGAGCGGGAGACCCAGGCGCUGCAGCGGGAGAAGGAGGAGCUGAGCGGCAGCGUGGAGCGGCUCAAGGCCCUGGGCAGGAAGUCGGAGCGCCUGGAGCUCAGCUACCAGGGCGUGAGCGCCGAGAACCUGCGGCUGCAGCAGAGCCUGGAGGGCAGCGACCGGAAGGCGCAGAGCCUGGCGCAGGAGCGGCAGGAGCUGGAGGCCGAGAACCAGGCCCUGCAGCGGGACCUGGAGGCCCUGCGGCUGGCCAGCAAGCAGCUGGAGCGGCUCGAGCUGGACAAAAGGGCCCUGGAGCAGGACGUGGCCCAGCUGGAGAAGGACCGGAAGUCUCUGGAGAAGGAGACGAAGCGGCUGUGGCAGCAGGUGGCGCUGAAGGACUCCGCUCUGGACGAGAGCGCCGCCAGGCUGUCCGCUGCCGAGAGGGAGGGCCGCGCGCUGGACAAGGAGCUGGCCCGCUGCCGGGACGCGGCCAGCAAGCUGAAGGAGCUGGAGAAAGACAACAGGGACCUCACCAAGCAGCUCACCAUGCACACGAGGACACUGACCACCCUGAGAGAGGACUUGGUGCUGGAGAAGCUGAAGGGCCAACAGCUGACCAGCGAGCUGGACAAGCUGAGCCAGGAGCUGGAGAAGGCCGGCCUCAGCAAAGAGCUACUGCUUCAGGACGAUGGCCCCAACCAUGACACAAAUUACAAGCUUUUGGAGGGCAGAAACGAGUCGGCAUUAAAAACAACGCUCGCCAUGAAAGAAGAAAGGAUCGUGUUCUUGGAAGCCCAGAUGGAGGAGAAAGUGAGCCUCAACCACCACUUACAGAAGGAGCUCCAGACGGUGAAGGAGGAGUGUAAGCUGCUCAGGAACCAGGGUGAGGGCCGGCCCCUGCAGAACGCCCUCCCGCACCCCCUGGGGGUGCCAGCCACCAGUCACCCGGACAAGGAGGUCUGGGGACCCGGCCACAAGGAGGCCACGAUGGAGCUGCUCCGGGUGAAGGACCGGGCCAUCGAGCUGGAGCGGAAUAAUGCUGCGCUGCAGGCCGAGAAGCAGCUGCUCCGGGACCAGCUGCAGCACCUGGAAUCCCAGAACGUGGCCUUCAGCACUCAGAUCUUGACGCUGCAGAAUCAGAGCGCUUUCCUGCAGGAGCGCAACACCACGCUGCAGACCCAGACGGCCAGGCUGCAGGUGGAGAACGCCACGCUGGGCUCGCAGAGCGCCGCGCUGGCUGCGCAGUGCACGCUGCUGCAGCAGCAGCACGCGGCCACCGAGGCGGAGCUGGAGAGCCUGCAGAAGCAGCAGGAGCAGCGGGCGGCGGCCCACGAGGCCCUGCUGCAGGACCACGAGCGCCUGGGCGCCCUGCACGAGCACCAGGCCGCCGAGUUCGAGGCCCUCAUCCGCCAGCACAGCGGCCUGAAGACGCUGCACCGCAACCUGGAGCUGGAGCACAAGGAGCUGGCGGAGAGGCACGGCGACAUGCUGAAGCACAGAGCGGAGCUGGAGCAGUUGGAGAAGGUGCUGGCGGCAGAGAGGGAGGCACUGCAGCAGGAGCAGGGUCUGCGGGCCGUGGCGGCAGGCGAGAACCAGAGGCUGCGGGGAGAGCUGGACAGGGUCAGCUUCCUGCACCACCAGCUGAAGGGCGAAUAUGAGGAGCUGCACGCCCACACCAAGGAGCUGAAGACCUCGCUGAACAGCUCGCAGCUGGAGCUGAACCGCUGGCAGGCCCGCUUCGACGAGCUCCGGGAGCAGCACCAGACCAUGGACAUCUCGCUGACCAAGCUGGACAACCAUUGUGAGCUGCUCUCCCGACUCAAGAGGAACCUGGAGGAAGAGAACCACCACCUCCUGAGCCAGAUCCAGCUGCUGAGCCAGCAGAACCGGCUGCUCCUGGAGAGGAGCAUGGAGAGCAAGGAGCAGUACCACGAGGAGCAGAAGCAGUACAUAGACAAACUCAACGCCUUGCGGAGACACAAGGAAAAACUGGAAGAGAAAAUCAUGGACCAGUACAAAUUCUAUGAUCCGGCCCCAAAGAAGAAAAACCACUGGAUUGGAGCCAGAGCCUUAGUCAGACUCAUCAAACCAAAGAAGGAGGCGUCACGAGAGCGGCUGAAAUCCGGCACAGACGGCCCGGCCUGGCAGCCCGAGACCUCCGACCCGGCCGCGUCGCAGCCUCUCAGGUCGCCGCCGGAGACCCCCGAGAUUGCCCCGGUGGGGCCCAGCGGUACCGAAGUGCAAGACGCCCCCAACGGGCCCGUGGGGAGAGGCCCGGGGGACCCUAAAGCAAAGCGAGGGUCCCCCCACGGAGGCAGCCUGGACCGCCCAGACGCGACCUCCGACCCCGCUGUGAAGUCCUGCUCCUGGGAGCUGAAUGCUCGCACCUCUGCAGCCGUCCCUUCCAGCUCCACGCCCAUCGCCCGGCACCCAAACCGAACCGAGAGCUUUCACUCCAACGACGCCCUGUGUGAGCCGUCCCUGGAGCUGGACCUCGCCGCCCACCGGCAGUGCGCGUCCCGGCCAGGCAGCUUAGAGAGCAGCAGGAACACAUCCAGCACCAGCUCGCCUCUGAGCCUGAAAGGUAAGUCCCUCCCGCCCGAAGCCGGCUGGCGUCUCCCCACCGUGUCUCCCCCACUGUGUCUCCCCACCCCUCGCGAGGCCAGCACCCCGGGACGCCCUGCCCUCGGCCCACACGAGUACCCCCCUCCCCGGAACGGGCCGCUGCCAGCAGAGGGCGCCCAGAGGAGCCGCGGAGGGCGGCCCUGCUCCGCCUCCCCGAGCAGCGAGAUGGUCACCCUGGAGGAGUUCCUGGAGGAGAGCAGCCGCAACUCGCCCCCCCAGGACACGCCCAACUGCCGGGACGACCUGCUCAGUGACUACUUCCGGAAGGCCAAUGACCCCCCAGCCAUCGGGGGCCAGCCGGGACCUCUGCCCAGGAAGGACGGGGAUAAGAUGCCCACCAGCCUGGUGGUGCCCACCAUUAAGGCGCUGGCCGGCCCCUCAGAGGGGAGGCCACUGAAGCCUGGCCAGUUCGUGCGGCCCAACUUCCGGAUGGCUGAGGUGGAGGCCCCGCCACCGGCUUCCAUGAAGCAGGCCCCUCAGAGCCUGUCCCUGGGCAGACCCCCGAGGCAGGCCGCCUUGCCCCCAGCCCACACGCCCCCCAGCCGGAGUGCGUCUCUGAACCGGGCCUUCAGCCUGGCCUCGGCCGACCUGCUGCGGGCCAGCGGGCCAGAGGCCUGCAAACAGGAGUGCGCUCGGAAGCCAGGGGGCCCCGAGACCUCCGGGGGCAGAGAGGCAGGCAGCCCCACUCCCCCCAGCGCCCACACCCUGGCCGUGGGGAAGGCCGGCAGCUCCUGCCAGGGCUCGGGCCCCCGGAGCCGGCCGCUGGACGUCAGGCGCUUCUCACUGGCCCCACUGCAGCAGUCAGCUGCGGCCUCAGCCAGCUCCAGCGCAGGGGCCGGCGCCAGCAGCCCCCAGGCCCAGCUCUUCCCGGCUGCCAGGACUAAGCCCAAGACACCCCCCCACGCCGGAGAGGUGGCCGCCGUCGCCCCUGUCCGCGCAGGGCUAGGCCUUUCCGAGGGGGACGGGCUCCCGGCUCAGGGCUACAGCGAGGGGCUCCCCGCCAAGAGCCCAGGGCGGGCUCCCGACCCAGCCCCCCAUGCCGGCCGGGGCCCGGAGGACUUCAGCCGAGGGGCCAGCUCCAGGAGCACGCCCGUGUCCCCCGAGCCGGGCGGGGACGCACAGACGGUGUGGUACGAGUACGGCUGCGUGUGACAUCCGGGCCAUCCUCGCUGUGGCGCCACUCUCUGCUCACAGCAGCGGCCGUUUCUCCUUGCCAGUGUAGCUGGGAACGGGAAGAAGGGGUCUCCCCCUCUCCCCACAUUUCUCUGAUGGUCUUUUGAAUGAAAACACUGUGCCAAGCCCUCCGAGGCUCAAGCUCCCAGGUGGACGCGAACCUUCUGCGUCUGCAGCCCCCUCACCCAUCGCUUUGCACCGAUCUGCUUUCCUGUGGGGACCAUGUAGCUGGCAGGGAUAACACUGACCGCCCCCCCCGCCCCCCGCCUUCCGACACUAGGCUUCACAUGCCCCCGAGAACACUCCUACGCACCUUGUUGACCUCUGUGCACAUGCACACGCUGCAAGGCUGGUCCCUAGAGGGUCUGGGAGGCCCCUCUCCCUUCCCUAAGCUGCUGGAGAAGACCCCAGACAGGCCAAACUACAGUGCUCUCGGCCCAGCGACGAAGGUAGGGGCAGGGUCCCUGCCCCGCUCCUGGCGCCCCAAGCACCUGCAGGAGCUCCCGCAGCCCCUGCUCUCUACAGGGUGGACUGGGCGGUGGGUCCCUCAGGGACCUCCUGCUCACUUUUUGAUAAACACUGGACGUGCUGGGGAUGACGGGUGGGGUGCCGAGAGCCCCCUCCCUUGCUCCCUGGUGGUGUACAUAGUGUAUAGAGGGGAACUGUGCCCAAAGGGUGCCACCCUGGACCCGGGACCUGGGCUGCGAGACACUCUCCUAACCCUAAUCUCAGAGAGGAGAUGGACUUACUACUUCUGGCGGGUAGAAACCAAAUUUGUUUUAAUAUAUUCCUUGUAUGCACUCUCGCACAGCUGUGUGAGAGAUACACACCUGUGGGUCUAUUUAUGUUCCAUUGAGAAUCCCCUCUUCUGUCAGGAGCCUGACUUGCUGCUUGGUGGAGGUGCCAGGUUCCUGGCCACCGGAGCUUCCCAUUUAUUAGGAAAGGUGCUUUUCCUGGGAUGAACCAAACCCAUCGCUAAGUUGUUUUGGUUUUGUUCUGUUGUUUGUUUUAAAGAGAUGUUUCUUUCCUUUUGACUUAACGGACCGAGACAGAGGCGAGGGCCUUUUGAAUGUCAACACGCUCCGUUCCAGGAGUCUCUGGAUCGCAAGGACAGGAUUGUAAUAAAAGACACGCAAAGAGAA